UCCCGUACAGCCGAUGUUGCGAGAGCUUUGCGUAUGGUUAACAAACAGGUUUUCAAUACAUCGACAGGCGGGCACCGUGCGAAAGCUACCGACCUCGUAUUUAUUGCCACACGCGGUGUUAUAAAAGACAGAUAUGCCAUACAACAACAAGUCAAGCUUCUUAAAGAUAAAGGUGUUAGGGUUGCCGUGCUUGAUGUCGCAUACAAAGAUCGAAAGAUCGAUUACUUUAAUGCCAUUCGUGAUAUCGCAUCCAGUGCUCGAGAAAUUUACCCAAUGGAUUUCAGGCGAGCAAGCACUGUCUCGCAGGCUUUGCUGGAUGUCCGAUGUAAAGUCGUGGAAAAAACAGUUUCCCCAGCAUGCUUCAGCGUUUCGCGGAAAGUGCUAUUCUUGCUCGACAGCUCGCGAGGCCUGGGAUACAGAGAGCUGCCUCAAGUAAUCAAAUUCAUUAAAGAUAUUAUAAUAAAGCUGUACACCAAUCCUCGCAACAUUGAAGUUGGUAUGAUCCACUACAGUGACAUGUAUUCCAUAAGAUAUGCGAUGUCAUUGGGAAGAUGGUCGUUAAGACGUGCUUUGAGGAACCUGAACAGACUGAGCUAUACGUACAGACAAGGAAGAGAACAUUACUUAGGAUAUGCUUUGAAAUUCGCUAAAAGGUAUUUUACAAGACUGCCUGUAAGAAAUAAGGAAGAGAGAAUCAUCAUAUUGCUCGCACACAAUCAACCAGCUGAUCCUGAGAAAGCGUUUAAAAUGAGUGAACAAUUACGUUCACAAGGAAUCGAGAUUGUCACCGUCGCAAUUCACACAGUAAAAAAUCCAAUAAGAAUAAACCCUCAGUACAGAGCUUUGGCGACCUCAAGAGCAAAUGCCCACAGCUUUGAUCUAGACAACUUGAAAAAUGGCAGCAUCGACGUUUUGCUGAAUUUAUGCGAGUUGACCGCUUGUCCUAAAGAUUCCACAAAACACUGCACUCCAAAAAAACAAGAUAUAUUUAUGGUGCUCGACAGUUCACGAAGUAUUGGAUUCAGGAUCUAUCCCAAACUAAGACGUUUUGUUCGCAGACUUGUCAACAAACUUGACGUAUCGGAUGAAAGAACUCACCUCGGUAUUCUACAGGCGAGUGACCAUAGGAGAACACAAUACGAGAUGAAGUUGGGAGAAUUUACGGAUUCUAAAGAGAUUGAAAGUGUAAUCAACGAAAUGGAUUAUCACGAAGGCUAUAGAUCGUAUAUUGGUAAAGGAUUGGAAAUUGCUAUUGAGGACAAUCUCUUCAACGCCUCAGGUAACGCCAUACGAAACCGUUUCAAGAGUAACAGCGACCGUCCAGAGGCAGAAAACGUACUAAUGAUUUAUUCCGACGGAAAUUUUCACGACGAACCACAGGCGAAAGAGAUCAUCGAAAACCUGAAACAGUUAGGAGUCCGAGUAGUAGUCGUGGGCCUGGGAAGAGAAUCGCGAAAGUCUCGUGAGAGAGCAUUGCUGGAGAGUUUAGCAACCACAAAUUCUGAUGUUUACCUCGUGAAUUUAAAUAAGGCUAGUCUUUUGGUAGAAGAGGAACUAAACGAGGUCGCCCAAAAUGUUAUAUCACUGCAAUGUGUGGACAAACAUCCAGCGCCUAUUCAGUGUUCGCCAGAAUCACUCGACCUGUUUGUCGUUAUCGAUGGGUCUAGAAGUGUUGGUUACAUCAAUUUUGGUAAAGUUCAAAACUUCUUAAAAAAACUGGCUGACGAGUUCUUAAUCGGCCCAAACAACGCUCACUUUGGCGUGUUACAAUAUGGUGAUAAGGUAGAGAGCAGGAUUGAGUUCAAUCUUGAUAAAUACCUGAGCAACAGCGCGGUUUCAAAAGCAAUUGAGGAUAUGAAAUUUCUAGAUUCGACCAGAACCGACACCGGACAUGCUUUAUCGGUUGUCAAUAAACAGAUAUUCAAUGGAACAGGAGUUGAUCGGCCUGGUAUACCAAAUAUAUUAAUUCUCUUCACUGAUGGCCUUGCCCACGAUAUCAGACUUGCAUACAGGCAGGCGGAGGAAUUAAAAAGAAAAGGCACAAGAAUCAUUGCAAUUGGAGCUGGAAGAGAAGCUAACAAAGUCUUUCGACAAAUAAGACGUGUGGCUUCAAGAAAAGAAGAUGCACACAAGUCGGACUUUGAUGAACUUUCAGGCAUUGUCGACGACUUGCUAGACGUUGUCUGCAUCUAAAGAAUCUAACAGCCGAAGUAAAUACCCCAAUAUUGUAAAAAUGGACUGCAGAACAUACGUAUAUAAUUGCUGCUGUUCCGACAUUAAAAUGAAACAGUUUAGAUAAUAAGCGUAGUUUAGAAUAAACUAACAUUUGUGUUGUCUAACAUAAACACCAUCUUUUAGCGAUGAUUUGUGACAUAUAAAGACCUGUUAUGCAAGUUAUUUCACGUUACAUGCAUAACUUAUCUCUAAAGACAUCUCUGUUACUUUAAAAGUAAAUGCGACCAUAUAGAAUACGGUAGAGUUGCAAAACAAAUGAAUAAUGAAAACUUUUUUUUAAUCUGUGA